GUCUACACUUACAUUACUACAUAUAUGGAUAGAGAGAGAAGGGAAGCGGCCAUGGAAGAAUAGACAGACGGCUAUGGCCUUUGCUUUCGCUUUUGCGGCUUCUAAUUGUUGUCGAACUCUCCUUUUCAGCUCCACCACCACUCCUCCAAGAUACUUAGCCGCCUUCUCUCUUCACCAAUUCCGCCUUUACUCCUCUCGCCGGAAUGUCGUUCAUAUCUUGGAAGAAAGGGGCCUUCUCGACUCCCUCACCUCCGACGCCCUCCGCCGUCCCGACCUCCCCCUCCCUCCUCUCAGAGUCUACUGUGGCUUUGACCCCACCGCCCAGAGUCUCCACCUCGGCAACCUUCUUGGCAUUAUUGUUCUCUCCUGGUUCCUCCGCUGCGGCCACCAAGCCGUCGCCCUCGUUGGCGGCGCCACCGGCCGCAUUGGCGACCCCUCCGGUAAGAGUCUCGAGCGUCCCGAACUCGAUCCCGUAUCCCUGGACAUGAACGUCUCCUCAAUUUCAGCUACCAUUCAGAACAUUCUGGGACGGGUCUCCACGCCGUCUUCCCUCGCGAUUUUAAACAAUUACGACUGGUGGAAGGACGUUAAGCUGCUGGACUUCCUGAGGGAGGUGGGCAGAUUCGCGAGGGUGGGUACUAUGAUGUCCAAAGAGAGCGUCCGCAAGAGGCUCGAAUCGGAUCAGGGAAUGAGCUACACCGAGUUCACAUACCAACUACUCCAAGGCUACGAUUUCCUCCGUCUUUUCCGUGAUGAAGGCGUCAAUGUUCAGAUUGGGGGCAGCGACCAGUGGGGCAACAUUACUGCUGGCACUGACCUCAUUCGCAGAAUUCUUCAGACUGAAGGGGCCUAUGGACUCACAUUUCCCCUUCUCCUCAAGAGCGAUGGCACCAAGUUCGGCAAAUCCGAGGAUGGUGCCAUUUGGCUCUCGCCUUCCCUCUUGUCCCCUUACCAGUUCUACCAGUACUUCUUCUCCAUCUCCGAUGCAGAUGUUGUCAGGUUUCUCAAGAUUCUAACUUUCCUCAGCAUUGACGAGAUUUCUCAGAUUGAGAGUGAAAUGCGGAGCCCUGGGUAUGUACCCAAUACUGCUCAGCGGAGGCUUGCUGAGGAGGUCACCCGUUUUGUCCAUGGUGAAGAGGGACUAGACGAAGCGCUCAAGGCUACUCAGGCCUUGAGGCCUGGUGCUGAAACCAAAUUGGAUUGGAAGACUAUAGAGACUAUUGCGGAAGAUGUUCCUUCCAUUUCUUUGCAGCAAGAUCAGGUGUUGAACCUCUCUCUUUUAGAUCUCUCGGUGCGCACCGGCUUGCUUGAGAGUAAGUCUGCAGCCCGCCGUCUGCUCAAGCAGGGGGGACUUUAUUUGAACAACAACAGAAUUGAUAGUGAGGCCAAGAGGAUUGAGCCUAAUGACAUUGUAGACGGAAAAGUUAUCCUUCUAUCAGCCGGGAAGAAGAACAAGAUGAUCGUGAGAGUAUCUUAAUCUUUUUUUAGCUGCUUAUGAAUUUUGAUUCUUGACCCUUUCGGUGUAAGAAAAUGCAAAAUUUUUAAUCACAUAUGGUGGAAGAAAGGCAUAUCUUGCUCCACUCUCAUUUGCUUAUUUGUCCUGUAUUACUUGCUCUUCCCUGAAAAGCAAUUCCAGUGAACACUAUAUCUGUACUCUCUAGUUUCAUAGUAGAUAGGAUAAAUUUUUUCUAAGCAAAACCAUUCUUUUGACA